GAGUGUUCACAUUGUGGAAAAGGUUUCAAGUCUAAUUCUCAUCUGGUGAUACACCAAAGGAUUCACACAGGUGAAAAACCAUAUGAGUGUCUGCAGUGUGGAAAAAGUUUCAUUCAAAAUUCCCUCCUUUUGCGACAUCAUAGGACUCACACAGGAGACAAACCAUAUAAGUGUCCAGAUUGUGGGAAAAGUUUCAGUCAGAGUUUUGACAUGGUGUUGCACCAGAGGACUCACAUGCAAGAGAAACCGUAUGAGUGUUCAGAUUGUGGGAAAGGUUUCAGUUGCAAUUCUGACCUGGUGAAACAUCAGAGGACUCACACAGGAGAGAAACCCUAUAAAUGUCAUUGUGGGAAAAGUUUCAGUCAGAAUUCCUACUUGGCAAAACACCAGAGGAUCCACAUGGGGGAGAAACCAUAUAAAUGUGAUUGUGGGAAAAGCUUCUGUCAGAGUUCCAACCUGACAAAACACCAGAAGACUCACAUGGGAGAGAAACUGCAUGAGUGUUCAGAUUGUGGAAAGGGUUUCAGUUGCAAUUCUGACCUGGUAAAACACCAGAGGACUCACACUGGAGAGAAACCUUAUGAGUGUCCAGACUGUGGGAAAGAUUUCUCUUGGAAAUCUGACCUGGUGAAGCACCAGAGGAUUCACACAGGAGAGAAACCAUAUAAGUGUCCAGAUUGUGGUAAAGGUUUCAGUCAGAAUGUUAACAUGGUGAAGCAUCAGACAACUCACACAAAAGAGAAAGUUUAUGAGUGUUCUGGUUGUGGGAAACAUUUUAGUCAGAAUUCCAACCUGGUAGAACACCAAAGGACUCACACUGGAGAGAAACUGUAUGAGUGUUCGAAUUGUGGAAAAGGUUUCAAGUCUAAUUCUGAUCUGGUGAUACACCAAAAGGUUCACACAUGUGAAAAACCAUGUAGAUGUCAUUGUGGGAAAGAUUUUAGUUGCAAUUCUGACCUGGUGAAACACCAGAGGAUUCACACAGGAGAGAAACCAUAUAAAUGUCAUUGUGGGAAAAGUUUCAGUCAGAAUUCCUACCUUGUGAAACACCAGAGGAUUCACACAGGUGAAAAACCGUAUGAGUGUCUGCAGUGUGGGAAAAGAUUCAUUCAAAAUGCCUUCCUUUUGCGGCAUUACAGGACUCACACAGGAGAGAAACCAUAUAAGUGUCCAGAUUGUGGGAAAAGUUUUAGUCAGAAUGUUAACAUGGUGAAACACCAGAGGACUCACACACAAGAGAAACUUUAUGAGUGUUCUGAUUGUGGGAAACAUUUUAGUCAGAAUACCUACCUGGUGGAACACCAAAGGACUCACACUGGAGAGAAACUCUUUGAGUGUCCUGAUUGUGGGAAAAGUUUCAUUUGGAAUUCCAAGCUCUUGAGACACCAGAGAACUCACACAGGAGAGAAACCAUAUCAGUGUUCAGAUUGUGGUAAACAAUUCAGUCAAAAUUCCAACCUGGUGAUACACCAGAAAACUCACACAGGAGAAAAACCAUAUCAAUGUCCAGAUUGUGGGAAAAGUUUCAGUCAGAAUUUCUAUCUGGUGAUACACCAGAAAACUCACACAGGGGACACACCAUAUCAGUGUCCAGUUUGUGGAAAAGGUUUCACUUGCAAUUCUGACCUGGGGAAACACCAGAGGACUCAUACAGUAGAAAGACCGUAUGAGUGUGUUGAAUGUGGGAAAUGUUUCAGUCGGAAUUUCAGUUUAGUAUUACAUUGGAGGACUCACACAGGAGAGAAACCAUAUGAAUGUCCAGAUUGUGGGAAAGAUUUCAGUAGUAGGGCUAGCCUUAUAAAUCAUGUAAGGUUACACAUAGGGGAGAAACCAUUCAAAUGCCCAGAUUGCGGAAAGUGUUUCACGCGGAAUUCCUCCCUUAUCACACACAAGAAAUUUCACAUGAGGCAACCUUUGACUUGUGUACCAGAAUCUUGAAAUUUGUUGUCUCACAUUGGAGACCCAGCUGAACAAUUAAAAGAUUUAAUUACUUGCAUGAUUCUUUUUAGUGAAACUUGUCCUGGUAUCAAAAAUGA